UACACCAGUCCUGCUCGAGAGUAAUGGAGGACACUUGAAUCAGGUUGGUCACAUUUGAUCUGGUCAAUGGUCAAAAUACUAUCUGUCCUGGAAUUCACCUAACCACCAUUGAUAAUGUAAUCAGUGCUCUGUGUAUAUGUGUGUCUUGUACUGUAUGUUGUAAGAAAGGUGCCCCCUUCCACUGUACCAAUGGACUACUGGGCCCAGAGAGCUGGGUCGGAUAUAGGAGCCGAAGUCGGGCUUCUGCAUGACCAGUAUCUGUGAUGAGAGGGACCUGGAGCUGAUCUACACUGCCAUGUCAAUCAGGCAUUGGCAAACACCUCAGAAGGGACAAACAAACAGUGAUUACUAAUAAGACAGUACAUCAUAAGUGUUUAGUAAUAUCACCCUUUCAAUGUGUCACUCAUCAACUCUUCCUUGGUUUUCUACAGAUGGGAAGAAGAGUUGCUUUUCAGAUGGAGUCCUCUGACUGAAAGACAGGUUAAUACUGAUGUCUGAAUUGGGAGAGACCUUGCAACUCGGCAUAAAAAUUUUACAAGACACAUCUAUUACUUUUUAUUGUCUUUUGUUAUUAUCUAAUCUAUUGGUACUAGCAGAACACUGCUUAUACAGUAUUAUGUAAAGUAAGGUUUAUUCUACAUGGAACUGUUACACUUGAAUGUUAUCAAAAUACUUUGUUUAGAUAUCUACAGAAGUUCAGCAAUUGAACUCUUCUCAUAUUACUCUGUAGGCUACUGCCCGAUGAAUUGUCAGUUACCUACUGAGUAGUAUGAAAGUGCCAUCCUCCUGCCUCUCACAUCUGCCUGUACUGUAGUUAUUGAACUGCUAGACCCAUUGGUUGAGGCAAAACCUGUCAUAUCCAGGAUGGAGUAUCAUGCACGCCACCCCUCCUGCCACCUGCCACCUGACUUUACCUAUCCAUAACCUGUAAUACAUUACAUAGAUGGAAGGGACUUCAUCACCCAGAGAGCUGUGCAUGUCAGUGUGUGGUUAGAUAGCCAAAUCCUUAGAUUUGGCUAAAUAGAACGCUGUUCUGGUUAGACAGCUGAAAUUGUACUCUACAUACAACUUUUUUUAUUUGCUAGGUAAGUGUAGGCAUACUAUCUUUAUAUGAACAUCAAUAUGAUAUUUACAGCAUAACAUGUUUUGUCUUUGUAACAUGAACACACAUCGAUUUUUGAUAAAUGAAUGCAUGUACAGUACACUCAAGCUGGGCAAUGUGUGUGCAAUAUCCACAUGUAGCCUACACCUGUUGUAGUGAUAUUAGUAGUUCUGGGAUUUGUCCCCUGGGAAAGAUCUAACAGCGGACAUAAGGAGAGACGAGACAAAACUAGGCAGUUAGAAUAUUGUGUUGUAGGACAGCUGAGCUGACUCAAGACCGGGCCUUCAACACGCUGUUAAUAUAGUUUCUAUGGUAACAUGUAUUUACAUGACGUGAUGAAACAUUGAAACUGCGUUGCAAGCUACUUCUGUAGCAAGGUGUUAUAGAAGGAUUGUCUCAUGAAGAACAUUCCAGACAGUGGCUCUUGAUAUCUUGCCAUAACUGAUUUGACAGAGAAAUAUCAGCUAGAUAGCUGCAGCUGGCCAUCCUAUCACCAAAUAUAUGCUAGCUAGCUGCUGUCAGCUUGGCUAAACACAGGGUCAGCGCUGACUUGAGAUGGCGAGUCAAUCAGGAGGGGAGAAGUCCUCGACUUCAAAACGUUCUCUCCUUUGCAAAGCUAUCUUAGCUUACCUUUCUGUACUCACUACUGCCCUUGUUUUUUGUGAUUGAAUGGCAAAGAAACAAGCACGUCAAACCACACCCCUAGACAACUCUCAUUUGCUCUCAGCCAUGGCCGCUUGCAUUUCUUAAUGACCAUUGAUGGAAAACAAGGCCAAAUCAGGAAGUGCAGUAGCUCUUUAGCUCUUAGCUUCUCCAGAGAAAAGAAAACCGUCUUGACUGGUCGCUGAACACGACGUUGUGCUAGCAUCUCACUCUAGACUAGAGCGAUUCUGGUGUGGUGGUAUCUCUUCGCAAUGCGAAGAUGGCACCCCUGCUCCCUCCCACAGGCGCUGAUGCGUUCCGCCGCUUCACCCCGGAAUCCCUGGCAGAGAUCGAGAGGCUCAUGGAGGAAAAGCGAAUAGCCGCGGAAGUAGAAGGGUACGUAGAUGAUGGGCCGUCAGAGCCCAGCAAAGACCUGGAAGCCGGCAAGAGUCUGCCCAUGAUCUUUGGAGACGCCCCAACGGCGAUGCUCAACACACCUCUGGAGGACAUAGACCCUUUCUACAAAGCAAAGAAGACCUUUAUCGUGAUCACCAAAGGAAACACAAUCUUCAGGUUCAAUGCCGAAUCAGCUUGCUACAUUCUAAGCCCCUUCAAUCAUCUUAGAAGAGGAGCCAUUAAAAUUCUCAUACAUUCGUUAUUUAGCAUGUUCAUCAUGAUUACCAUUCUGUCGAACUGCUUUUUUAUGACGAUGAGCGACCCACCGUCAUGGAGUAAAACUGUUGAGUAUGUUUUUACUGGUAUUUAUACCUUUGAGGCCUCAUGCAAAGUGUUGUCAAGAGGCUUUGUUGUCGGACCUUUUACAUUCCUUCGAGAUCCAUGGAAUUGGCUGGAUUUCAUGGUGAUCAGCAUGGCGUACGUCACAGAGUUUGUUGAUCUAGGCAACGUGUCAGCCCUUAGGACGUUCCGUGUACUCCGAGCCCUUAAAACAAUCACUGUGAUUCCUGGAUUAAAAACCAUUGUGGGCGCCCUGGUCCAGUCUGUAAAGAAAAUGGUAGACGUGAUGAUCCUCACUGUGUUCGCCCUGGCCGUGUUUGCACUCAUCGGCCUGCAACUCUUCAUGGGAAAUUUGCGCAACAAGUGUGUCCGAUGGCCCAUCCUCAACUCAACGGUGUUCGACGAUUACAACUCCACCUCGUCGCUUGACGGCACCAUGGGUUUCGGCGAAACAUCAAAUUCCACUAUUCCUUUCGAUUUCAAGGACUACAUCAGCAAUAUAGAGAAUCACUACUAUUUGGAAGGUAGUCUGGAUGCUCUUCUCUGCGGAAACAGCUCUGAUGCUGGGAAGUGCCCAGAAGGAUUCACGUGCAUAAAGGCUGGGAGAAACCCCAACUACGGCUACACCAGCUACGACUCCUUCGGCUGGGCCUUCUUGUCCCUGUUCAGACUCAUGACGCAGGACUACUGGGAGAACCUGUUCCAACUGACACUUCGAGCAGCGGGGAAGACGUACAUGAUCUUCUUUGUGCUGGUCAUCUUCCUGGGUUCCUUCUACCUCAUCAACCUCAUCCUGGCCGUGGUUGCCAUGGCCUACGACGAGCAGAACGAGGCCACUCUGAAAGAGGCGCAGGAUAUGGAGGAGGAGUUUCAGAGGCUUCUGGAGCAAUACAGGAUCCAAGCCCAGGAGCAAGCUGAUGCUGCUGCUGGAAGUCAGGUGACCCUGACCAGUCGGAAAGAGCUUAGUCAUCACUCUGGGUCAUACGGGGGCUCUGCGGAUGACGAGCAGAGCCUCGGAGAUGAUGUUAUCAAGGACUGUAAUGGGAGAAUCGUGCCCCGUCUGGCCAUCGUACCAGUGUCCUCCGAGUCGGAGUCGGUUCCAGAGGACGAGUUCAAAGAGGACAGCAUGCUCCACCUGGAGCAGCCAGGCCUGAAGAACAGAUCGGCGAGUGCUGUUAGUGUUCUCACCACCGUCAUGGAGGAGCUGGAAGAUGCCCAGAAGCCUUGUCCGCCCGGCUGGUACAAGUUUGCCGACACCUUCCUGAAGUGGGACUGUUGCGUGCCCUGGGUAUGGUUGAAGAAGUGGUUGCUCUUUAUUGUGAUGGACCCCUUCGUGGACCUAGGCAUCACCAUCUGCAUCGUGCUCAACACCCUCUUCAUGGCCAUGGAGCACUACCCCAUGAGCCCAGAGUUUGACCACAUGCUCUCCGUGGGGAACCUGGUUUUCACUGGGAUCUUCACAGCAGAGAUGGUCUUCAAGCUUUGCGCCAUGGAUCCCUACUACUACUUCCAGGUCGGCUGGAACAUUUUCGACAGUAUCAUUGUCACGUUCAGUCUGGUGGAGUUAGGUCUAGCCAAUGUCCAAGGCCUGUCCGUUCUCAGGUCUUUCCGUUUGCUGCGUGUCUUCAAACUAGCCAAGUCGUGGCCCACGCUCAACAUGCUGAUCAAGAUUAUUGGCAACUCUGUGGGCGCUCUGGGCAACCUGACCUUGGUGCUGGCCAUCAUCGUCUUCAUCUUCGCCGUGGUGGGCAUGCAGCUCUUCGGCAAGAGCUACAAGGAAUGCGUGUGUAAGAUUGCCACCGACUGUGAGUUGCCGCGUUGGCACAUGCACGACUUCUUCCACUCAUUCCUCAUCGUGUUUCGCAUCCUGUGCGGGGAGUGGAUCGAGACCAUGUGGGACUGUAUGGAGGUGGCCGGAGCCGGGAUGUGCCUGGUGGUCUUCAUGAUGGUCAUGGUCAUCGGAAACCUGGUGGUGCUGAAUCUCUUCCUGGCCUUGCUGCUCAGCUCAUUCAGUGGAGACAACCUGUCCAGUGAUGACGACGGUGAGAUGAACAACCUCCAGAUUGCCAUCGGCAGGAUCAACUGGGGCAUCGACUGGGUAAAAUCCUUUGUCCGCCACAUGGUCCUGCAGCUACUGGGCAAAAAGGCCACCGGGGACAAGGAAGGGGGUGAGGGGAUCGAAGGAAACCCCGAAAAGGAGACCUUUGCACUAAACCACUUAGACACGUGCCAGGAUUCCAAAAUGGCCGACGGGAUGACCAACUGUGUGGACGGGCUUCAGGCAGACGGCGAGAUGAGCCUCAAUGUGCCCAUUGCCCAGGGGGAGCCGGACUUUGAGGACGAUGAUGAUGAUGACAGUGGGUCUUUUACAUCAGAUGAAGAAAAUGGACAUGGUGAUCACAUAAAGUUGUUUGGUGCAGUGGGUGACGAGUCCUCGGUGUGCAGCACGGUGGACUAUGUACCUGAACCAGAGCCUGUGGAAGAGGAGGAAGAGGAGGAGCCAGAGCCAGAGGAACCAGAAGCUUGCUUCACUGAUGGCUGUAUCGCGCGAUGGCCGUGUCUGACAUUUGACGUCUCUCAGGGCAGAGGCAAGAAGUGGUGGAACCUCCGCAGGACCUGUUUCACCAUCGUGGAACACGACUACUUUGAGACCUUCAUAGUCUUCAUGAUCCUCCUAAGCAGUGGAGCUCUGGCUUUUGAGGAUAUUUACAUUGAGAGGCGAAGAACUAUCAAAAUCAUCCUGGAGUAUGCAGACAAAGUCUUCACCUAUGUCUUUAUCAUUGAGAUGCUCUUGAAAUGGGUGGCGUACGGCUUCAAGACCUACUUCACCAACGCUUGGUGUUGGCUGGACUUCCUAAUUGUGGAUGUUUCCUUAGUCACUUUAGGAGCUAACUGGAUGGGCUACUCUGAACUUGGACCAAUCAAGUCUCUUAGAACACUCAGGGCUCUAAGGCCACUUCGAGCCCUGUCAAGAUUUGAGGGAAUGAGGGUGGUGGUAAACGCUCUUGUCGGCGCCAUCCCCUCCAUCUUCAACGUGCUGCUGGUGUGCCUCAUCUUCUGGCUCAUCUUCAGCAUCAUGGGGGUCAACCUGUUUGCCGGAAAGUUCUACCGCUGCAUCAACACCACCACGGAGGAGCUGUUCCCCAUCACCGAGGUCAACAACAGGAGCGACUGCCUUGCACUGCAGCACGCCACCCAGGAAGCCCGCUGGAUCAACGUCAAAGUCAACUACGACAACGUGGGCUUGGGCUACCUCUCUCUGCUGCAAGUGGCCACAUUUAAAGGCUGGAUGGACAUCAUGUAUGCUGCAGUGGACUCUCGAGAAGUGGAGGAGCAGCCCUCGUAUGAGAUCAACCUCUACAUGUACAUCUACUUUGUCAUCUUCAUCAUCUUCGGCUCCUUCUUCACCCUCAAUCUUUUCAUUGGUGUUAUUAUUGACAAUUUCAACCAGCAAAAGAAAAAGUUUGGUGACGACAUCUUUAUGACAGAGGAGCAGAAGAAAUAUCAUGAAGCCAUGAAGAAACUUGGCUCAAAGAAGCCAGUGAAGCCUAUCCCAAGGCCUACGAACAUGAUUCAAGGCGCUGUGUUUGACUUCAUCACUCAGCAGUUCUUUGACAUCUUCAUCAUGGUCCUCAUCUGCCUCAACAUGGUCACCAUGAUGGUGGAGACGGACGACCAAAGUGCGGAGAAGGAAAACGUCCUUUACAAGAUCAACCUGGCCUUCAUCGUCGUUUUCACCGGCGAGUGUCUGCUCAAGAUGUUUGCCCUUCGCCAUUACUUCUUCACCAUCGGAUGGAAUAUUUUUGAUUUUGUCGUGGUCAUCCUGUCCGUCGCGGGUAUAAUGCUGUCGGACAUCAUAGAGAAGUACUUUGUGUCACCCACCUUGUUCAGGGUCAUCAGGCUGGCUAGGAUAGGCAGGGUCCUGCGUCUCAUCAAAGGUGCCAAGGGCAUUCGGACGCUGUUAUUUGCGUUGAUGAUGUCACUCCCUGCCCUGUUCAACAUCGGCCUCCUGCUCUUCCUCAUCAUGUUCAUCUUCUCCAUAUUCGGCAUGUCCAACUUUGCCUAUGUCAAAAAACAGGCGGGCAUCGACGACAUCUUCAAUUUCCAGACGUUCGGCAGCAGUAUUAUCUGCCUGUUUGAGAUCACCACCUCUGCGGGUUGGGAUGGUCUUCUGCUGCCAAUUCUAAACAGCGGUCCUCCAGACUGCGACCCAGACAUUGAGAACCCGGGCUCGGACGUUCGGGGCAACUGCGGCAACCCAGGCAUGGGUAUCAUGUUCUUCUGCAGUUACAUCAUCAUGUCCUUCCUGGUGGUGGUCAACAUGUACAUCGCCAUCAUCCUGGAGAACUUCAACACGGCCCAAGAGGAGAGCGGGGACCUGCUGUGCGAGGAUGACUUUGUGAUGUUCGACGAGACCUGGGAGAAGUUCGACCUUGAGGGCACGCAGUUCAUCGAAUACGCCAAGCUGUCAGAGUUUUGUGACACCCUGCAGGAACCCCUGCGUAUCGCCAAGCCCAACCGGAUCAAGCUGAUCUCGAUGGACCUUCCCCUGGUCACGGGCGAUAAGAUUCACUGCCUGGACAUCCUGCUGGCCGUCACCCAGGAGGUGCUGGGCGAAGGGGUGGAGAUGACGGCCAUGAAGGUGAGCAUCGAGGCCAAGUUCAACAUGAACAACCCCACGACAGACUCCUAUGAGCCCAUCACCACCACGCUGCGGCGCAAGGAGGAGGAGGCAGCAGCCGUGAUCAUCCAGCGGGCUUACCGCAAGCACCUGCUCAAGCGCUCCAUCCUGCAUGCCUCCUUCAUGCGCCGCUCCAAGAGGCAGAUAAGGCGGGAGCAGAACGAGGAGCCCCCGGAGAGAGAGGGACUUCUGGUGCGAAAGAUGAACGUGCUCUAUGGGAGCGACUUGGACCUUGCCGCAGAGAUGGAAUUGGCUGGGUUGCGAGCACAACCCAUAUCGGUCCCUCUGGUGUCCAAUCGGCCAUCGGACCUCCCCAAGCAAACACAGACCACCAGGCCUGAGCCUGGCAGACCACUCCUCUUGGUGGUCCCCGUUGAGGUCACCAGUGAGGUGGUGUUACGCUCAGCCCCUGUGACGUCUGAUCCGCCAUUGGACCUCCCCGAGCAAACACAACCAUCAGGGUCGGAGCCCACAGGGCUGGAACCUACCUGGCCGGAGCCUGCUGGGCCAAACCUCUUGGUGGUCCCCGUAGAGGUCACCCCCUAUUUGUGUAGCCGUGAGUCAAUAGACAACCUGCGAGAGUCGAUUGUAUAACAAAAAGCACUUGAGGGAAUUCACCAUGGUCUUCCUACUGUAUUUUUCACCGAUCUAGCGAGUAAUUUUAUGUGUUGGGAGUGUCGCCAAUAUAGUUGAGGCUUCCACAUAGCACUACUAUGAAGUGAUUACAAGUAGCUGAUGGAUUAGGUAUAAUAAUUAAAGUCAAGUUUAUUGAUCGUAAUAGGGGGUCUCGUUUUCUAUUUUUGUAAGGCCAUUUCUAGAAUUGAUCUAUAUUUGACCACUGGACUGUUAACUCUGUAUUCUAUUUUAUACCUACAAACAAUUCACAAUCUCACAAAAUAUAAAAGGUUUGAUAAUCAGUAUCCAUACAUUUCCCAUAGGAUUUGGGCAUGUUUUUGACAGUAAACUUUACCCACAUCUAAUUGUUUUGAAGGAAUGCCUAAAUGCCUUUAUUGCCAUAAAAGCAGUGAGCAACA